CAAACAUCAGAAACAACCAUAAAUCUAGAGGACCACUGUCACUGUCAUUGUGAAAUACACAGCGGGAAAUGAACUGACUCAUACUGAGACUGAGAGAGAGAGAGAGAGGAAUUGAAAUCAGCAAUUAAGGUUUGAGAGAUUUUCAGCCUGUCCUCAACAUAAUGAUGUCAUCGUCUCCGGAGGCGGAGCUGGCGGAGAGCCUGACCAAUGAGGUGACGUGUCCCAUCUGCCUGGAGCUGUACUGCGACCCCGUGCGGCUGGAGUGCGAGCACAAUUUCUGCCGCAGCUGCAUCAGUAAGUACUGGCUGCGGGGCGGGGAGGAGGGCAGUGCCCCGGAGGGGCAGAGCCAGGCCUUCACCUGCCCCCAGUGCCGCGAGAUCUUCCCCCAGCUCCAGCUCAGGACCAACCGGCUGCUCUGCAACAUCGUGGAGCGCGUGCGCAAGCUCCGAGUGGACUCCUGGGGCACGGCUUCGGCCUCUCCACCAGAGGGCAGCGGCGCAGCAGAGAGGGGCACUCCGGCGGGGUUCUGUGCGAAGCAUGGCGAGAGACUGAAGGUGUACUGCCAGGAUGAGCAGGUGGCAAUCUGCGUGGUGUGCGCUGUGUCCAGAGAUCAUAAAGACCACAGCAUGGCACCCAUACAAGAAGCACUGCAAGAGUGCAAGGAGAGGUUUGAGUCGGCGCUGACUGAGUUUGAAGAACAGAAGGAAAAAAUCCGGACUAUGCACUCGAAACACGAGAGAGAGCUGAAUGACCUAAAGGACUCUGCUGCCUCUCUUGAGAGGGGGAUCUGCUCCCAGGUGGAGGAGCUCCUGCAGUUCCUGGAGGCUGAGAAGAAGGCGCUGUGCUCCCAACUGCAGGCUGACCUGCGCAGGCUGGAGCAGCAGAGAGAGGGGGUGCUCAGCGCAGCACAACAGGAAGUGACCCACCUGCAGCAGGACGUGACCUCACUGCAGGGCAGGCUGGCAAGGGAGGGGCUGGAGAAGGAUGGGCAAGAAGUGGGCGACGCCCCAGCGCUAAUUAAGGAAAGUGACUUCCUGUUUUUUUUUAUUAUUAUUAUUAUGGAAGUUUAUACUUGUCUGCUUGACUCAGUUUCAGUCACACUGAUGAAGGCACUAGCUGAAACACUUGUCUGUUUGACUCAGUUUCUUGUGUUUUUGACCGGUAUCUUUUUCCUACAGGAUCUGAAGGAACUAACAGAAAGGCUGAAGCGGGGAGUGAGGGAGCCCGAGGCUGUCUCAGAGCAGCUGCACCGGGGGCUGUACCAGGGUCCUCUGCAGUACACGCUGUGGAAGAAGCUGAGAGCCAUCAUCAAACCAGCUCCCUGCACUGUGACCCUUGACCCCGCCUCCGCUAGCCCUCACCUGACCCUCUCAGAUGACCUCACAUCUGCCCGCUACAGCUACACCCCCCAGCAACUGCUGACACCCGAGCCGACCAAUCAGGAAACUCGAUUCGAUAUCUGCGCCUGUGUGCUGGCCAGUGAGGGGUUCACCUCCGGAAGACACUACUGGGAGGUGGACGUUGGGGGUCACCCAGAUUGGGACAUUGGUGUCGCCAUGGAGACAGCAGGGAGAGAGGGGUGGGUGAUUCUGAGCCCUGAGAAUGGGUACUGGACCUUCGGACACCAGGACUGUUCACUGGUGGGUAUUUACCUGGAUUACGAGGGUGGGCAGCUGUCUUUUUACAGCGCUGUGGAUAUGAGGCACCUCCACACUUUCAUCGAGGCGCAGUUCGAAGAGGCGCUGUACCCCUUCUUUUACCCGAGCGCGGACUCCAGCGGCAAGCCACUGCGUAUUAUGAACCCCCAAGUUUAGAAUUGAGAGUGUGUCCCCCUCAAGCGUGCAAAAAUUCUGAUUUAAAUCAAGAAAAGCCAUAACUUUACAUUCGGUGGAUCCAUGCAUUCAAAGAGAAGACACGCAGGUGAGCUGCUUCUCAGACCAUCCCAGAGUGUUCAGUGGCACUGAAAGAGUGUUUAUAGUGGGGGUGCUGAAAGCCACUGAAUAAAACUGUUACCCCUGUAUAUGAUGGAAGCCAUGCAUUAGGUUGCUAUUAUGUUAAAACAUGUUAAUCAAUACGUUUAUCUAUUUAAGAAAAAUGCUUUAAUCACAGUCCCUCCUGUAACGUUUACAACUUGCUUACAAUAAAAUG